AAAAAACAUACCAUUCUUACCGAGAUGGAUGUGGAAAGUAUACGUUGGAUUUUUUUAACUUUGUUGCGACAGUAUAUUAAUUGUUUUUGGCUAUGAAAGUCAUUAUUAAUAGCAAGUGAAAGUCAUUAAUUUGUGAGCGCUACUGAAGUACUAUAUAAUAGGGUCACGUGCCACUAAAAAGGACUGGAGCUAGUCUGAAAUUUUUAGCAACCAGGAAGAUCGAAGCGGCCAUCAAGGCGGCAAGAAAAACAAAUAUUUAAAAAACGAUAUCUGGGGUUACAUGAACUUUUAACAAAAAGUAAACAUGUCAUUGGGAAUUUCUUAUGAAAAUCUUUCAGUUUCUUGAAUAAAUUUAAGUCAACUUUUUGGCAUGGAAGAAACUGUUCCUUUGCUUAUCAAAAUAGAUGGGAAAACAGUCCGUAUAAGAGCUAAUAUUAAUUGGUCAGUGCAUCAACUGAAGCAACAUCUGUAUCUUCACUCAAAUCAAUCUGUAGAAGACUUGAAAGUGGUGUUUGCUGGAACAGAACUAUCAAACACUGUAUUAUUAAAAAAUUGCCACCUUACACAUGGUACAGUAGUUCAUGCAAUAGUCGUUGAAUCUUCUAUUGAUCGUGAGAAAAGAAGCAAUGUGACCUCAACAAAUUUUGUUGCUCCUACACAAAAUGGAAUAAAACAGGCACAAGAAAACACAAGAAGACCAAGGUUUUACGUGUUUUGCAAGUCAACAUGUAAUGGUGUAAAACCAGGAAAGUUACGAGUACGUUGUCAGAUUUGCAAGGAUGAAGCCUUUGAGAUUAGUAAGGGUCCAAAUUCUUGGGACGAUGUUUUGAUGGCGGAAAGGAUAAAUGGUUGGUGUAAUAAAGCUAACUGUGCAGGUGGAAAAGCUGAAUUCUUUUUCAAAUGCUCUGAGCAUAUCAAUGCGUCAGACAGCAAUGAAUUUGUUGCUUUACCAUUGCGUCUCCUGAGAACAAAUAUGCAAGAUGUGCCAUGCUUGGCAUGCAUGGAUGUCAGUGAUAUUGUCCUGGUAUUUCCUUGUGAUGACUCGCACGUAAUGUGCUUAGAUUGUUUUUCUGUGUAUUGUCGCACCAAACUUGACAACAGACAAUUUGUGUUAGCUAGAGAUAUCGGCUAUACAUUGUCAUGUCCUGGUGGUGGUGAAACUUGUGAUGACAGGUUUAUCAAAGAAACGCAUCAUUUUGCUAUUGCGGGAAAGGACCAGUACGAGCGCUAUAAAAACUUUGCUACGGAAGAGUUUGUGUUACAGAAUGGUGGUAUCUUAUGUCCAGGUCAAGGAUGCGGGAAUGGUCUUUUAAUUGAAAAUAAUGCUAGACGAGUGACGUGUCACAGGGCUAGCGGAGGUUGUGGGCUGGUAUUCUGUCGGGACUGUCGUCAAACAUUUCACGAUGGGCAGUGUGAGCAGACGGGUAAUUUACACGCCACUAAUUCAGAUGCGUCAAAUGGAUAUGAAGUUAAUUCACGCCAUGCGUUGCGUGCGCGAUGGCGAGAUGACAUGGACAGUCGUGAAACGAUUGGAAGAACUACGAAAAGAUGUCCUGGGUGCGGAACACCCACAGAAAAAAAUGGAGGUUGUAAUCAUAUGACUUGCACUCGGUGCAAUCACGAAUGGUGUUGGCUAUGCGUAAUAGAGUGGAAUCGAUCGUGCCAAAGUGAUCACUGGUUUAGAGCUGAUUGAAACUCGCUUAGAAGCCAGACUUUGUUUUCUUAUUUACUUCUUUUUUUCUCCACUUGAUUUACAACUUGGAAUCUCCCAUUGUUGAGUGGCAAGCGAUAUCAUGCCAGUGACGUCAUACACAUAUCAUUACAGUGACGUCAUACACAAGGUGACUUCAAACACAAGUUUGAAGUAAUGUUUUGCACUUUCGUUAGUUUCAUUACCUUAAAGUACGCUUAAAAAUUUUAAUUUAUAGAGACGAAUGUGUUUUGAAGCUGUGCAAAUUAUACUAGUAAUUGUGUAAUGAAAAAAUGCGUCUAUCAAUAUGGCUAUAUACGUCAUCUAAGUUAGCCAGUAAACUAAAUAAUUAUAAGUUGAAGCAAGUUAGCUUAGCUGUGAUAACUUGGUCCAGGAACAAGAGCUCGUAUAAGUAAACAUGGGAAAUUCUCUUUGCACCUUACAAGCUUGGUUUUAUAUACGAAAUCGUUUCAUAAAAAACGUUGUACUAGAAUGUCUAAAUGGAAAAUAUUAUUUUUUUUAUAAGAAACCUUAGAAUAGUGCUUUGUAAUGAUUGACUAGAACUUUUUUAAAACUUUUUAGGGAAUAUUUUGUAUGUUAAAUUACUGCAAAAGGCGAUGCAUUUUUUUUGACCUUUCAUUUAGACAAUCGUCGCUGAUUCUUUUAUAAGGCCCAGAUUUAGUUUCAAAAAACAAUAAGAAACCUUGAAUCUGAAGCGGAGGUAAAAAAGAAAAACUUUUGAAAUUAGAUCACCACCAAGGUUUCUUCUAAAAAAAUCGUUGUACUUUCGAUAGCGCCUUUUUCGUGACAUAGAGUUCCUUCUUUUUUUGCGGUGGCACAAAUUAUUUAAUAAAACUUUUCUUGAUUACGUUGCAAAUAUUAGCCUCGUUCUUGCGUCAUUAAGAUUAAUUCAUUAGUUUGGCAAAUAUUAUUAAAAAAUCAUUAAGGAGCUGCGUGGGUUUUCAUUCAGUAUAUAUUUUAUUUUGUAGAGAAUAUAGAGCAAAUAAUUUAUAGAGUAAGUGAUAGAGCUAAUAAAUUAUAGAGUAGACGAAGUAACAUAAAAUUUUUGUAUAGAGUUUGUAAAACGUUGUCUUCGUGUAGUUAUCUUUCUUACGUUUCAUUAUAUAUUGUACGAAAUGUUUUUUUUUGUCAUUUUUUGCAUAUUAAUCACGUGUUUUUGUA